CGGCGCCCGGCCCGGCCCGGCCCCUUAAAGGCCCGGCGAGGGGCACGCGCCGCACUCGGGCGGGGGCGGCGGGGCCGGUGCGGGGCCGGUGCUGGGCCGCAGGAUGUACACGCUGACGCGCGGCCCCAGCAAGCUGGCCACGCAGCGCCGCACAGGUCCGACGCAGCAGGCGGUGGAGAGCAGCGAGCUGCGGGGCCGUCUGCAGCCCGGCGCCUGGCCCCCCGCCAGCCCAGCCCAGAAACUCGUCUUCAACAGAGUGAAUGGCAAGAGGCCGCAGGUGCUGCCACAGCAGGUCUUGGCCCCCGAGGAAUGCUACACACUGGCCCAUGAGGAGAACGUCCGCUUUGUCUAUGAAGCCUGGCAGCAGGUAGAGCAGCAGCUGAAUGGCAGCCGGAGCGGGGAGAGCGCCUGUGGCCCUGUGCAGUACGUAGAGAAAACCCCCAACCCUGGACUCAAAAACUUUGUUCCCAUUGACCUGGAGGAGUGGUGGGCACAGCAAUUUCUGGCCAAAAUUGAAAACUGCUCAUAAAAGUGAAGAAAGGUUUGGGAUUUUUAAGAGAAACAAAGCUGAGAGCAUCUGGUCAGAACCCAGAAUUGGUGGCAUUUUAGAACCACAUUUUUAAAAGAUGACUGAAAUCAAGUGACCCAUGCUACAAGGCCAGUGGGACCGGACCACAGCCAUGCCUGGCCACAUGCCCCCUCCCCGCACCCAGCGUGGAGCAGCAGAAUGCAGCCCUAGCCAGGAUUCCUUAAGUGCCAGUUCUCGGACUGCUGCAGCUCCUGCAGCCUCCAGCUCCCAGGGACGCUGCAGUGCCGUGCUGGGGAUGAGGGAGCGGAUCCCCCCCUGUGGCUGUAGCCACAGGGAGGACAGCCGCGUGCUGUAGCAGGACCGCCAGACAAUAAAGCGCUGAAACUGCCA